CGAGAUCCCGAUCAGCAUACAGGCGAGAUUUCAGAAGUUGGAGUGACCUCGAUGCUGUCUGCGCUCCCUAUACUGAAGGCCACUGACAUUUUUCUGGAUGUUGGAUCUGGAAUCGGGAAUGUCAUCGCCCAAGUAGCUCUGGAGUCGAACGUCGGUUGCUGCGUUGGAUUGGAGGUACAAAGGGAGCUAGCGGAGCUGUCAAAGAGUAUCGUUGCCUCCGCAAAGGAUUCUCACUUAAGAUUGACCAAAAUCUGCGUUCAUGACGACGACAUUCGCCAUCUACGCAACACGACAAUGACUGCAAUGCAGGCGAGCACCGUAGUGUUCUCGAACAACCUCGUGUUCGAUCCAUCAAGUAAUCUCGCACUCGAAACCUUCGUUACCAGGGCGCCAAGACUAGCUCAUGCCAUCACCAUGGACAAAUUGUGCGGGCGCCACCGCGAGGAUUGCAAGCGACCGUUCUGUGCGGUUUGGAGUCUCCACCAGACAAUCCAAGUUUCUGUCACGUGGUCUGCAAAGCUACACAGUGCAUAUUGGUACAUUAAGCACUAG